AUGGCGGACCUGGAUGCGAUGGUAGAGACGCUGUACGCCGGCAAGCUGAUCACGGAGCAGCAGGUGGCGCAGCUGUGUGACCGCUGCAAGGACCUCUUCCUCGAGGAGGGAAACAUUGAGGUUGUGUACGCCCCCGUCACGCUCUGCGGCGACAUUCACGGCCAGUUUUUUGACAUGCUGGAGCUCUUUCGUCACGGCGGUCGCGUGCCCGAGACUAGCUACGUCUUCAUGGGGGACUUCGUCGACCGCGGGUACCACAGCGUUGAGACGCUGCUGCUGCUGCUUCUGCUGAAGGUCCGCUACCCGGACCGCAUGACACUCCUGCGCGGCAAUCAUGAGUCCCGGCAGAUCACGCAGGUCUACGGCUUCUAUGAUGAAUGCUACAGAAAGUACGGCAGCGCCAAUGUGUGGCGCUUCUGCACCGACCUUUUUGACUACAUGCCUUUAAUGGCGUUAGUAGAGGACGACGUGCUGUGCGUGCACGGCGGUCUGAGCCCGGACAUUAACACCCUCGAUGAGAUUCGCGUCUUGGAUCGCAAGCAGGAGGUUCCGCACGAGGGUCCCAUGACGGACCUGCUCUGGUCCGACCCUGACGACAUCAGCGGUUGGGCCAUGAGUCCCCGCGGCGCCGGAUUUAUCUUUGGCGCCGACGUCACAAAGGCAUUUAACCAAAGAAACGGCAUUAGCCUCAUUGCGCGCGCCCAUCAACUCGUUUUUGAGGGCUACAAGUCGAUGUUCGAUGACAACUGCUGCACCGUGUGGUCCGCCCCAAACUACUGCUACCGCUGCGGCAACGUGGCGUCCAUCAUGAAAAUAGGCGAGAAGUCGCGAACGGACCGCAGCUUCAUAACAUUCGGGGCGGCCCCCGCCGAGGAGCGCGGUCACUUAACCAAAAAGCCCCCGCCCGAGUACUUCCUCUGA